AUGAAUACAAUUUUUCGAAUUGGUAACAUUCGAAAACUUGACAAUAACUGUCCACUUUAUGAAGUCAAACUUAAGCUUACAUCAGACGAUGAUCAAAAACUUCGUCAACUAACUGAUCGUAUACAUAAAGAAGUUGCAGGUUCGACAGGUUGGGAUCAAUUGGGUCAAGUGCUGCUCAAAAUAGGUCAAUUCGACAAGGCCGAAGAAUUGUAUACAGCACUACUUGAACAAACGUUGGACGACAGUGAAAAAGCACAUAUCUAUCAUAUGCUUGGAAUAUUGAAAACAUACCUAGGACAAUGUAGAGAAGCAGCUUCAUUUUACGAAAAGUCUCUUGAAAUCUAUCGAAAAACUCUUGUGGAAGACGAUCCUUCAUUAGCUACUUCGUACAACAACAUCGGUCUGGUGUAUCACAACACGGAUGAUCACUCGAAAGCACUUCAAUUUUACGAAAAAGCGCAUAAAAUCUACGAAGAAUCUCUGCGUUCGGAUGAUCCCGAGUUUGCUAAUUGCUACAACAACAUCGGCGGAGUGUAUAAAGAUAUGGGUAACUACUCGAAAGCACUAGAAUUUUACGAAAAAGCAUUGAAAAUAGAUGAAAAAACUCUACCUUCGAAUCAUCCAGAUUUGGCUAUUUCCUACAGCAACAGCGGUUCAGUGUAUAACAAAAUGGGUAACUAUUCAAAAGCACUUCAAUUUUACGAAAAAGCACUUAAAAUAAGAGAAAAAGCUCUGCCUCCGAAUCAUCUUGAUUUGGCUGAAUCCUACAACAACAUCGGUUUACUAUAUAAAAACAUGGGUGAUCAUGCAAAAACACUCUCAUUCUUGGAAAAAGCACUUGUUAUCUUACAAAAGUCACUUCCAUCUACGCAUUCUCACAUUCAAAAUGUGAAAGCAGCUAUUGAUAAUGUAAAAAAGAUGUAA